UAUUGUGCAGUUUUCACAUGCUCAGACAGUGGUCAGGUAGAUACAUACACACGGUGUAGUGAUUAUUUACUUAAAAUUUCAAUAACAUGCAAGUAUAACAAAUAAUUUAUAUUUUGGUGAGUGCUGAAUGCUAUUUCAAGAAGCUGAAGAACCUAUAUUGAUUUUUUUUAAAAUCGACAUGUCUGCCAGCUCCGAGCACUUUCCUUCCGUCGUUUCGCAUCCCCAACCGGACCUCAGUCGCGUUAACAGUCGCGUCAGCGUAGCGACCGGCGGACACGACAACCCCGGGUUCGAAUCCCCCAGCAGAAAAGUGUCUUCGUCGUCGGAACACGCCGAGAUAGGCCCCGUGAGGAAGAAGAGCAUCCUGCACAAGAGUAGCGAGUAUUUCGAUCAUAUGAGCGGAUCGGGGAAGUGCGAACAUGGAAAACAAAUGAAUGGAGAUACUCAUUUCAAGAAGCACUCAGUUUGUGAAUCAGUUCACUCUCGGGCGCGAUUUUCUGAUACCACAGAACCCAGGUCUUGGUGGUACAUCUUCUGCUUGAGAUGCAGAUCAAAAGAAGAUCCUUCCUCCCCCUCCUGGCAGCCAAGUUUUUGGCCGAAACUUUGCCCCCACCCCUUUUGUUUGAGCUACAGGCAGUUCACCAGAAUCAUCUCGCUGACCCUGAUAGGUCUCUUGACGUGGUGCAUCCUGUACGCGAUGAUAGGACCUAUAGUAGCGCCCCCUAGCGGCAAACUGUUCCAGCUGAUGGUGCUCAGCAUAUCAGCGCAUCUAGGAGGCUGGCUGAUCAGCUUAACUACCCUGCCAGCCUUGAUAGGGAUGCUGUUUACCGGGUUGCUGCUCCAGAACGUUAACAUCGUCGAUAUCGAUGAAAAUUUUGCAGAAAUUUGCAAAGAACUGAGGAACGUUGCUCUCGUCAUCAUCUUGAUUCGUGCAGGUCUGGAUUUGGAUCCCAGCGCAAUGCGUAGAAUGAAAUACACUGUUAUCAAAUUGGGAUUGGUGCCCUGGUUGAUGGAAGCAUUCGCAACGGCCUUACUAUCCGUUUUUCUACUUGAUCUUCCUGUCAGCUACGCUCUAUUAUUGGGAUCCCUUGUAGCGGCAGUAUCACCGGCAGUAGUAGUAACAUGUCUGUUCAGGCUCAGAUCCAAAGGGUACGGUGUUGCCAAAGGUAUACCGACCUUGAUCAUCGCAGUAUCGGGAAUUGACGAUGCUGUUUCAGUGGCCAUCUUCGGCAUCAUCAAAAGCAUCAUGUUCUCUAGCAGCUCUUUGACCAGUCUCAUAAUCGAAGGACCAAUAUCUAUAGUAGGAGGUAUUGGUUUUGGUGUUCUCUGGGGUAUGUUUUGCAACUAUUCUCCAGAGAAAAAUGACCCUUUCGUUAUUCCUCUCCGUAUACUGCUGCUUUUGGUUGGUGGAAUGGUUGCAGUUUUUGGCAGCGAAGUCAUUGGCUAUGGGGGAGCUGGUCCACUAGGCUGCGUGGCUGCAGCUUUUGUCUCCCUGGUGUGCUGGUCGCGCCAGGGCUGGGACAUAGCCGACAACCCCGCAGCCACGGCCUUCGAGAUCUUCUGGAUGAUCUUCGAGCCCAUCCUCUUCGGUAUCACCGGAGCUUCCAUCAGACUGGACCGAUUGGACGGCGGAAUAGUGUCCGUCAGCGUCGGAAUUCUCGUGGCUGUGGCUCUCAUCAGGAUAGCAGGCACGGUGUUGUUGGGCAUCGGGUGCAAGUUGAAUCUCAAAGAGAAGAUCUUCGUGGCUAUCUCUUGGAUGUCCAAGGCCACAGUGCAGGCUGCUUUGGGGCCUGCUGUACUGGGCAUGGUAGCAGCCCAAUCCAAAGAGCACGAAUACGGUGACAAGAUCCUCACCACCUGCGUGCUAUCCAUAAUGUUGACAGCACCAACAGGUGCCAUCCUCAUCACCCUUCUGGGCCCCAGACUGCUCACCAAGACCAAGUAUGCCGUGGAACCGGAACAAUGGAGGAGGAGUCACAGGCCCUCCAUUAGGGACAUCAGCAUCAUAGACGAGGAGGAGGAGAGGGAAGAUACAUCGGUUGAGAAGAAGGAGAUUGAUGAGACUGGGAGUGACGUCAUAUUGACUGUACCUGAUGGUAAUUUGAAGCAUGAAGUUUGAUUUUUUAUAGUCACGGUUGGGGUGAGAAUCAAACCCAAACACUCAAAAAUCUCCACCAAACUUCUACUUCAUUUAAUAUUUUCAAAUAAUAGUCGUUAUCCACAAAACAAUAACUUUUGGUGAGUGCGGCUCAAAUAUCAAACAUGAAACAACUGUGAAUUGUCAAUAUUGUCAAACAUCAGUUGUUAUACGUAUCGUUAGAAAGACUAUAUUUCAUAAAAUCACUCUAUACGUAUCAUUAUCUUUAUCUCACCACUAUCACCAACAUAUAGCAACCAAAAUAAGACAAUCAUUGAUUUUGAGAAAUAACUAUAUUAUCAGUAUGGGUGAUAACUUUGUAAAUGAAACCGUUGCAGAAUAUUUUUGGAAGUGAUUAGUUUCGGAUCGUAACCGUACUUUCAAGUAGUUUUUUAAUAUGUUUGUGUAUUCCUAUAUAGGUAAAAUUUAUUGUGUGAUAAAUAUAAAGGUACCCUUCGCAUACCAAGCUUUUGUUGUCGGCACUUUCUAGGAGUGCUGAAGACAUUUUAAAACAUAUUUUUAUGAAUAUGAAAAUUGUUGAUAUUAUCGAAUUAUGUAUAAUAAAAAUUGUUUUAAUUA